UGGGGCAGAAGGACUCUAGGCAUAACUCCGACCGGGCGUCGGGUUAAAAGCAACGUCCACUUCCUGCUGGCGUGUAACACUUAACCUAUCUAUUAAAACUGAUUAGUAGAUAAAUUAGUACAUUAAUAGUUAUUAGUACAAACGCCAAUUCGGCUGUGAUAAAAACAGAGACUGGUAAAAAAAGGUAUGGUGCAAUUUGGAAGUUAUCAUGGAUGCUGAAAACCCUUGUGAGCUUGAAGUACUUGUAAAUAGUAAUGAUGGAAACACUCCACAAACCGAAACACGAAUAGACUUCCCGAAAAGCGAGUCCCUCACUUUUAGAGAGCAAGUCAUCCAAAACAAGAUCCAAGUGAGUCUUUUGAAGCGUUCUGACGUGAAUAGCCUUGACGGCAAUGUGUUAAAAAAACCGAUUUUAUUACUCGCUUGUGAAGAAAAAGAUGAAUUUAAAACAGUGAACCAUGAGACCGUCAAACUCCUCCUGGAAAAAGGUGCUAAAGCUGACUACGUUGACACAACAUGGUACGGAUGGGAGGCUUUACAUUACGCAGCAUAUGCCUCAAACCCUGAUAAAUUACAAGCACUAUGUGAUAAACUCGGUGAAGAUAGAAUUAACACUUUGACCAUGUUAUCAGAAAAUGCUCUUCACGUUUUGCUUGAGCAUGGAACCUUAAGUCAAAGUUUUAACCUGUCGUGCCAGAAUGGAACGGACACAAAGAUGGCGAAAAUCAUCAACAAAGAAGAAGAAAACGUGACUAAAAGUGCUCAAAUUUUGAUUGACGCUAAGAUUGAUAUCAACCAUACGAACUUCUGGAACCAAACUCCUAUUUUGAUAGCUAUCAAACGUAGAUAUUUUGGCGUGGUGAAGUUGUUACUGGAGAAAAGUAAAAUAGAUUUGGAUUCUUGUAAAGACGCGGUUUCUGGAAAGACGGCCCGAGAACUGUUGGAAGGGAAAGAAGAGUUGGGGAAACUAUCAACACGUUUGGGUUCAAGAUCAACCAAAGAGAUUCUUUUUUCGUUCUUAAAAUCCGGCGAUGAAGAUAACUUCUUGGAAUACAAUGGUGGAAAAAUUAAUGACAUUAAUAACUACUGGGAUGGUGACAACGCACACAACUCUAGUUGUACUUUGUUACAAUACUGUUUUCGCAGAGGUUUGAUCUUCUGGUAUAAAGAUAAAGCGAGCAAUGAUUGUGACCAGAAUGGUCAAGAUAUCAAAUCCAAUCGUCUAAUGAAUGUUUUUUGUAAAAGUGGAAUGGGAAGAUCUAUCCAACAUUUGAUAAAUAAUGGAGCUAAUCCCGAUACCACAUUACGAAAGUUUGAACAAGGUCAUUCCGUCCUGGAAGCAGCUAUCAUCAAAGGGUACUACCCUAUGGUAGCACUCAUUUUAAGCAAACCCGAAGCUAAACCACCACCAUACAAUAAAAUAUGUGCCUCUUUAUUCGAACUACUUAAAAAUCACUCUCGUAGCAUCGAUUUGAACAAUACUUUUACAGUAGUUUUGAACUGGUUGCUCGACCAGUUUAACACCCUCAGAGCAAAUGAAAAAAAACUUAAUACCAACGAUCCAGACGCAGUACUAGACAAAAGUUUCCAAAACUUGUAUGAAACAAUAGAACCUCAAUUAUUCGACUUGUUUAAGUUUGGUGCGAAAAUCAUCAGUAUAGAAAACCAACUUCUCUUGCUAAAAUUCCCGAAUUCGUUGUGUUGGACUAAUGAAGAUGGAAACACCGACAGUAAGACGACGUGGUGGUGCUGUACAAACUCCCAAAGUACCCACUGGAAUAUCUGUUCCUCUAAGUCAGACAAAAAGUUAGUUAUAGAAGAGAUAGAUCCAGAAGUCCUGUACAACCAUCUGGACGACUGUGUGGAGCAAGAGGGGACAGAUGUAAAAAUCAAUUGUGAGAGUUUUCUCAAAGAUGGUUCUAUUUACCCAGUUUUUGACACUUUUUUGUCGUCUAAGAAAUUCAAAGGGAGUCUCAAUCACCUGGUUUUCAAAAUUUUAAUUAUGCGACAUUGGGAAACUUUGAACUUUAAAAUAUUACCUUAUCCGGUUAAAUACAUCCACUUAAACCUAGUUUUCUAUGGAAUCAUUUACUUUCUAUUACAUCUGGACGUUCUGUACAGAUUUAAUGGAGUUUCUUAUCGUUAUCUUUCAGCUUUCCUGUGGAUCUUUUUAGGGACUUUCAUCCUAAAAGAACUUCUACAGAUGAUAGCCAACUUUAAAUUAUAUUGGCAAGGAACUAGUAAUUAUUUCGAGGUUAUAUUCAUCGUUUCUGUAUUUUUUAUGUACAUUUUUGACAAAAACUCGAUUGACGCUUUUCGGGUAUUGUCAGUUUUGAGCUCAAACGUGGUCCUUUUUUUCCUACUAGAGAACGUUCCAGCUUGCUCCGAAUAUGUUAGUAUAUUCCGAAAGAUCGGUUUAUAUCUUAAAACCUUACUUUUCUUUUUCAUCCAGCUCCUGGGUUUUGCCAUCUCUUUCUAUAUACUUUUUUCCAAAAAGGACCAAGUCUGGUCAACCGAGAUGCUAAACAAGAUUUUCGAGAUGCUAAUUCUGUUAGCUGGAAAUCUGGACUAUAAGGAGAUUUCUUUGAACCAGGAAAAUAAGAAUUGUAACAAUGGUACAAACCAAACUCUCUACCACGACUUCCCCCACAAGGAACAUUUUUCAAAAUUUAUUUUCAUCCUAUUCGUACUCUUCCUGUUUCUUGGUUUGCGCGUUAUCGACAAGAACGAUCUUCAGAAAGACUCCUUGUCAGAGCAAGUCAACAGGGCCGGUUUCGUACUCCGGAUGCACAUUUUCUUCAAAAGUAACACCAAUUUGGCAUGGAUGUUCUGCUACUCGGACUUGAUACUCGAGUCAAAAAUAACCGUAGAUGAUAACGACAGGAAAAUACUGACCAAAGAAGAAAAGCAAAAUUUCGACUUCAUGUCGACAAAAAAGACGAAAAGACCCAAUAUUUUGAAGAAGCUGCGCAACUACGUGAAGAUGAAAACGAAUGCGGAAUGAGAGGAAGAAGUAAGUUUUUGUCAAGGCAGUGAUAGAACAAAUCGUCAAAAAUUUGUAUAGAAUGCAAGAAAUGAAAAUGUGAAAAAUUGUUGAAUUUUGAGGCUUUAAUUAUGUUUUUGUAACACGGUGCCAAUGAUUUGUAAUUAUUUUAUAUGAAAUACAGUUUUAUCGAAA